CCACUCUUCCAACCAUCAACACAAACCACCAUCAAUUCAGUCAGACAGUUCAAGAAAAUCAACUCUGUUAGAACACCAGCUCUGUUCUUUCAGUAUCGCCACUUCGUAAGUCCAAAACCAAGAAGAAGGAGAAGAGAUGGCUGGUCCGGCGAAGGCGUCGUGGAUGGUGGCGAUGAGCGUGGGCGCCGUGGAGGCCCUCAAGGACCAGGCCGGCCUCUGCCGCUGGAACUAUGCUCUCAAGUCCAUCCACCGGGCAGCCAAGGCCAAGGCCAGCGUCCGCGGCGGCGUCUCGCAGGGCGCCAAGCAGCUUCCGGCCUAUGCUGCGGCGGUAGCGGAGAGGCGGCGAGCGGAGAAGGGCGAGGAGGGGCUGAGGACCGUCAUGUAUCUCAGCUGCUGGGGUCCAAAUUAGUAGAAGCUGCUACUUGGUUGGUAGCAGUAAUACUAGCUAGGUGUGUCUGUGUUUGGUACUAUGGCGUUAAACCACGAUGUAGAAACUUGCUACUUGCUGGCUUGCCUUGGAAUCGCUCAUUGUAAAAACCACGACGAUGAUGAUGGCAAUUUUUUAUUACUUCAGUUCA